CGGAACGGAGGCGCACGCAGCCUGACUGUCUGACCGACGCUGAAUGAGAACGCACUGAUUUCGACUUCAAAAUGUUGAAAUUUCUACCCAAACUGCUGUUGUUAGCGCUGUUAUCCUUCCCGGCGGCUAUCCUCAUCAAAGGGCCGGUGGUCAGUGCCCAGGAUCUGACUGAGGACGAGGAGGCUGAGGCUGUGGAUGAAGAUGUUGUGGAUGAUGUGACAGCAGAGGAUGAGGAUGACGAGGCAGAAGUGGAAGACGAUGAUAAUGCGGAAUUGACAGAAGAAAAAGAAGAUGAAGAGGAGGAAGCGUUGGUUGGAGAGAUGAAGGCUUCCCCGAAUGCUGAUACCACCAUCCUGUUUGUCAAAGGAGAAGACUUCCCAGCCAACAACAUUGUCAAGUUCCUGCUUGGCUUCACCAACAAGGGAUCAGAGAACUUCAUCGUGGAGUCUCUGGAUGCUUCUUUCCGUUACCCACAGGAUUACCAGUUCUACAUCCAGAACUUCACCGCUCUGCAGCUCGGCACUGUGGUUCCCCCCAGCAGACAGGCCACCUUCGAAUACUCCUUCAUCCCCGCUGAGCCGAUGGGAGGGCGGCCAUUUGGGCUCGUCAUCAACCUCAACUACAAGGACAGCAGCGGAAACAUUUUCCAGGAUGCCGUGUUCAACCAGACCGUCACCAUCACUGAGAAAGAAGACGGAUUAGACGGAGAGACGAUCUUCAUGUACGUCUUCCUGUCAGGCCUCGGGCUGCUGGUCAUUGUAGGCCUUCACCAGCUGCUGGAGUCCAGAAAGAGGAGGCGUCCGGCUCCAAAGGUGGAAAUGGGAACUUCGAGCCACAACGACGUCGACCUGAGCUGGAUCCCCCAGGAAACACUCAACCAGAUCAACAAAGCAUCUCCAAGACGAUCUCCUCGCAAAAGGAGCCAGAAGCGCUCGGCCGGCUCAGACGAGUGACGGGCGCCCGACGCCACGGCGACAGGACUUCACCCACCCAUCUGUGUGAGAGGAGGAGGGGCGCUGUGAGCGCCGCAUCAAGCGCACCCUGCCGCCUCUACUGAGAAACUUUGACCAGUGCCAAGCACAGCAGCGGCUGGCUCUCUACUUUCAGCUUAAAACUGUUGAAUACACACACUCACACACACACACACACACACACACACACACAAACACACACAAACACUCACACACACACACACACACACACAAACACACACAAACACUCACACACAAACACACACACACAAACACACACAAACAACACAGCCCUUUUUUUGUUGAAUGAUUUGUUUUCUGACGCUGUCGCAGAGGGAGAGAAGUGAUGCUCAUCCUUAAACAGGUGUCGAGGAGGUUGUUGGUUUUCUUUACAGAUACCUGCUGAUGUGAUCGUUGACAGUUUGAUUGUUUUUGUUUUUGUUUGUUUUUCGUUACCUCUCACUUUGGUCCUGGGCUGAAAUCAUUAGUGGAUUAACUGAUUUACAGGAAAUGAACCAGCAUCAGUCUUUGUCCCUGUUUGAGCAGAAAGGGUAAAGUUUGGAAUCACCUCUGGUUCUCUGGAGUCGUCAUGGAAACACGUUUCCAGUUUGUCGACUGAUUAACCGACAGUAAGUUUUCCAGCUGAGUUAAUAAUGAAAUCAGCGGUUAGUCGCAGCCCUGGUGUGGAAUGGAGCCACGGUAACACAUGCAGGUUGUGUCUUUGUUUGUUUUCUCAGUGUAGUUUUGCAUCAGUAGAUUGUGUUUGGACAUUUUGGAUUUGUAGUGUGUGUCCGCUCCGCUCCAGCUGCUCCGUCCGUCUGCUUCUGUCCUUCCUCUGCUCGGUUCUCUGCACUGAUCACACUACCUGAGGGAUCAGCUGUUGGUUUGUGGGUUAGGGAUAAAAUGUGGAGCUCUAAUAAAGUUUUAUAAUAAAGUCAAACCAUGAACACAUGAAUCAAACGGAGCUUGGAAGAACAUAAACGCUCACUGUGUGUGGUUUUGUUGUGAUGACCCAACCUCAGUGGUCCGUCAGGACGUCUGAGUCCAGCUGGGUGGAGUUUUGUGAAACCGUCAACAGAGAUGGACGUUGUCUUAUUUUUCUAUUACUCAGAUGUUUAAGAUUUUUUUCAUGUCACAUUUAGGAAUGAUCCCAGAACAGCUGAACCGAUCGAUCGAUCGAUCGAUCAGUGAGUGUUUGACUUCUCAUUCCUCUGCGGUAUCCGUUUGAACAUCGUUGGGUUUUGUGCUGUUUGGACUUUUCAGUCAAAACGAGAACUUUAACUUUAAACUCUGGGAAAGUACAGCAGCGCUUUGUGCUGCCAGAGCUGAACAUCUUUAACUCCGACAGCCUAAGUUUGAAGCCUGGGUGGAGCCGGUGCUGGUGGACAUGCUGUGUCUCUGGGGCAGAGGACGGGUGAAGACAGGCUGAUCAUGAACGAGCUGAGCAGUUUGGGUUUCUCUGUUUCUCUCUUGUCUUCGUUUAUCUCUGGCUUCUGUCCUCACGCAGCUUUUUCAAAAUCAGAAAAACAAUUUUCCUUUUUUUUCUUUUUCCGUUUGUAAAACUGUUGAACUGGGUGAAGCACUGGUGUAAAUACUGGCCGAUGUGAGGGUAAAAUUACCGAGCUAAUUUAUUUGAGCGGCACAUUGGGCUUCGAUGGGGGAGGGGGGGUUUGUAUACUGUAUGUCUUUGUUACCACUAGGGGGCGUCAGUGACUGGCCCCUGCAGGAGCCUGCAGGCCUCUGGUUUUCAGUGAAGCUCUGAGAGUUCAGGAGGCUGCAGAGGCUCGAUGCACAGAGACCUGAGCUGAUGUGUCUGUUUUUUUUUUUUUGUUUUGAUGAUGGGGCUGACAUUCAUAGAUACAAGCUUAUACUUUUAUUUGCUUUUAAAUGUGCAGGAAAAUAAACUUUGAUGAUUUGCUGUA